AUGGAUGUUGCCUGUGCCGAAGACGACUUGGAGAGGCAGGAGAAGCUGAUUUCCCGGCACCAGGUGAGCCGCCAAAAGCUGCGCGCGGAGAUCAGGCAGCUCACCCACAAGGUUCAAGAGUGCAAGGACAGCCACGACGGCUUGACCUCUCAGGUGCGCGAGGCCAAGAUCCAGCUGGAGGAGAUCCAAGCAGCUCGCGAGCGGCUCAAGGAGCAGGUUGCCAACGAGGCUCAGGAGCUCCAAGUCGUGGAGGUGGAAUGCAAGCGCUCAUCACUGGACUUGAAGUCCGCAAAGGAGGAAAGGGAGCAGAUCGAAGCGCAGGUCCUUCAGCAGCGCCGAGAGAACGCAGCACUGCAGCGUGACAUGGAGAGCGCCAGCCUCGAGGCUGCUGGGGUGCGUGCCAAAAUGAUGGCAGCGAAGGAGGAGACAGAUGAUUGCACCAAGGCCUUGAAGGAUCUGCUGGAGGGUCUGGGGCACUUCUCCCAAGCCUCCAACCAGAAGCUGGCCUCGGCCGUGGACUGCAACGACCGCAUCACACAUGUGGUGGUCACGGGACCUGAAGAGAUCGUGAAGAUCCGUGUUCCUUCGGCGCCGGGUGGUUCCCCAAGGUCCCCGGGCCGCAGCCAUCGCUCCGGCAGCGCCACACCCGGCACCCACGGAGCCAAGACUCCCACAGCGCCGUUCAAAUCCUCGAGCAAGUCCUUGUCGCCGCCGUUUCAGAGUGGCGGCAGCGGCACCAAGAGCCCGAACCCGGUGACCGCGCGCUCGCCCACGCCCACCUCUGGGAGCCGUUCCUCGCCCAAGCCGUCAAGCGCUGGUCAAGAUGCUGUGUCGCAGGCCCGCAGGCAGCUGGUGGACGUGGAGGAGCAGUACGGGAAGCACAGCAAGCAGGCGGUGCACGCGGCCACCGAGCUGGCGCUCCAGCUGGAGGAGUUCACGCCGGCCACGAAGGAGGCGGGAGCGCUGUUGCGCAAGGCCCUGGAGAGUGCCAUCGAGAUCUAUGGCAAGGAGCAUCUCAACACGCUGCGCACGGUGAACAACUUGGCGGUGUACCUGGACAACCUCGGCGAGCGGAAGGAGGCCUUCUUAUAG